UAACAUUGGAGCGAUAGUCGUGCGAUCGUCGUGCCGACGUGAUAACGUAACCGUGACAUUCAAAGCGACGUAGUGCACGUACAUAUGGCGCUUCCAGAGAAUGACAAUCCUUGGUCGUUUUCGAUAAAGGUAUUGUCCAGAUUUGACAUUGAUACUAAAGAAACGUUCAACUAUGAGAAGUUCCGAACGCUUUGCGUCCGACUAUUCGGCGCGGACGAAGUCGAGCAAGAUGAGUGGAGGGUACGAGAGAUAUUUGAGCUGUUUGACGCAAACGCAGACGGUGUGCUGAACGACCAAGAAUUGCAUAGCUGUUGUAAAUGGAUACAAACGAUUGUGAAUCCCGUUAAUGUUUUGCUAGUCGUCGAUGUACAGAACGAUUUCAUCGAUGGCACUCUGGCACUUCGAAAAUGCGGCUUUGGGCAAGAAGGGUUGGAAGUGGUGGAACCGAUAAAUCGGCUUUUGAAAGAGGGUCGCUGGAACAAAGUGAUAUAUACACAGGAUUGGCAUCCUGAAAAUCACAUCAGCUUCUUUGACAAUUUGGCGAUGCGCGAACUUCACCCAAAAUCUGAGAUCACUAAGGAAACGGCGAAACCCUUCGACACCGUUGUUUUCUUGCAACCUCACUUAGCGCAAAUACUUUGGCCAAAACACUGCGUUAAGAACACCUGGGGCGCUGAAUUGCAUAAAGAUCUGCUAAUAUUGCCUUCUUCCGAACGGGUAUAUAAGGGUCAGGAUCCAGACAAAGACUCAUAUUCAGCAUUUGAAAAAGAUGCGGAAGGCUCCUCGGAACUUGAAAAAAUUUUGUCGGCCGUUGGAGCCACGCACUUGUAUGCCUGUGGCCUCGCCUAUGAUGUAUGUGUAAAGGAGACGUGUUUGGAUGGUUUGCGAUUGGGUUAUCCUGUAGCUGUGAUUGAUGAUUGCUGCCGUAGUGUCGAACCCGAUGACAUAACAACUAAAUCAUAUACUGAAAACGGCGCACUAGUGGCGUGUUCCGACCGUAUUCUGCCUUUGGUGAACGAAAGCAAGCAUAGUCUGGUGAUGGCGCAUCACGCCGCGAAAUUUAUUAGCUAAGC